AUGGCAGAUAACAGUAAAACAGAAGAUACUGCUUCGGAUUCUGUGGAGGCUGCUAAAAAUGCAAGUGACAAAAAAGAAAAGCUAGCAGACCAGGUGAUGCAAAACCCGCAGGUCCUGGCAGCUCUGCAGGAACGUCUUGACAACGCGGCACUUACUCCUUCAAGUUACAUUGAAACUUUACCAAAAGCAGUGAAAAGAAGAAUUGAUGCCUUGAAACAGCUCCAGGUGAAAUGUGCCCAUAUAGAAGCUAAAUUCUAUGAAGAAGUACAUGAUUUAGAGCGAAAAUAUGCUGCCCUCUAUCAGCCCCUUUUUGAUAAGAGAAGAGAGUUUAUUAAUGGAGAAGCUGAACCCACAGACGCAGAGUCAGAAUGGCACAGUGAAAAUGAGGAAGAAGAAAAACUAGCUGGAGACCUGAAAAAUGUAGUGGUAAUAGAAGAAAAAGCAGAAGCAGAAGAGACGAAUGUCAAAGGAAUUCCAGACUUCUGGUUUACUAUCUUUAGGAAUGUAGAUAUGCUAAGUGAAUUAGUACAAGAAUAUGAUGAACCAAUCUUGAAACAUCUGCAGGAUAUUAAAGUUAAGUUUUCUGAACCCGGACAGCCUAUGUCUUUCUCAUUAGAGUUCCACUUUGGGCCCAAUGACUACUUUUCUAAUUCAGUCCUGACAAAAACAUACAAGAUGAAGUCGGAGCCAGACAAGACAGAUCCCUUUUCAUUUGAAGGACCUGAAAUAGUUGAUUGUGAGGGGUGUACUAUUGACUGGAAGAAAGGAAAAAAUGUUACAGUUAAAACAAUCAAGAAAAAACAGAAACACAAGGGUCGAGGCACAGUUCGGACAAUUACUAAACAAGUACCUAAUGAUUCUUUUUUUAACUUCUUCAGCCCAAUAAAGGUGUCUGGUGAUGGAGAGUCGUUGGAUGAAGAUUCAGAGUUUACUUUAGCAGCAGAUUUUGAAAUCGGGCACUUCUUCCGUGAAAGAAUAGUCCCUCGUGCUGUGCUGUAUUUCACUGGAGAAGCUAUAGAGGAUGAUGAUAAUUUUGAAGAAGGUGAAGAAGGUGAAGAGGAGGAGUUGGAGGGGGAAGAGGAGGGAGAAGAAGAGGAAGAUGCAGAGAGUGAUCCUAAGGUGUAAUUUAAGUCUGUUUAUCAUUCAUACAUUUCUAGAAAGAUUCCAGCCAACCUGCUGAAUGCAAACAACAGUAAUAAGGAAAUACCACUUGGAAGUGAUAUUUGAACAACUUGUAACAAAUAUUUGGAUACCUGGCCUGCAGUUCAGGAUAUUCCAUCGCUGCAGCACAAUCUUAUUAACAAUGCUUAAAAUUAAUUUGUUUUAAAAUGCAUGAUUUUCACUAACUUUUCUUUAUUGCUUAACAUGUACAGUGGCAACUUCAAUGCAUUUGGGAAAUAUGAGGUUUAAAUAAAGCACACUCUACAGCCGUUGGUACACUGUAGCUAAGUAUGUCAGCAGGCCUUUAGAGCCUUUUGCCCUAUGCAUAGGGGAAUAGUCCAGACUACCAAGUGAGGAUUAUCCAUUUUCUUGUUAAACAUUGGAAAUUGUGGAAUAGCAAUGUGCUGAGAAGCUAAAGUAAAUGGAUUACAUGUAUGGUAGCUGAAACAGAUAGAGCAAUAUGACUUUUUUGCUAGUUCCCUCUCCCCUUUUUUAAUGUUUCUUGCAACCUACAGAUUGAACUAGUGCUUGAGCAGCUUUAAAUGUCAUAUUUAUUAUCUCAGUAAAACCAAUUGAAGUAAUUUUACUUCAUUGAAGGGGGUGUCAUAUUUGAGACUUAGUUGUUCAUCUUACUAUUUAUUUAUUCAUGUUUGUAAGUACUUUGACAGAAUUAGUGCUUUUUAAUAGUUUUUAAUAUACUUGAAAAUCUUCUUCCUCUUUUGCAUACAAUAUGGGUACUUGUAAAACAAAUAAUUUGAAUUGGUCUCAAUGUAGUAGUCUAGACAGAAGAAAUGAACUUGCAUCAAAAUGACAACUCUUCUGGAUGAAGAUCAAAAUGCAAAGGCCAAACUGUUGCUGUUCGUGGAAGUGGGUUGCAGCCAAAGAACCAGAAAAUUUCCAGUAGUCUUAUUGCUUAGUGUCCAGCAUGGAAGGACCUUUCACUAUGAACACAUAAAUCUAUCAAAAUUCAGUACAAUAAAUCUGAAGUUUUGGUGUCUUACUUGCAACACUGAAAUUAUUCCAUUCCACAAUUUGUUUUAUUUAAAGCUUUGAAGUCUUCAAAACGACCUUUUGUUGUUGUGUGGCACUCCAGGUACACGUUUCUAGUUUCAGCAUCCAUUGCCAACUUCUGGCAGCAGUUGAAUAGCAGCUGUAUCAACACUGUGACCAGGCAUGUAGAGUGCUCCAGCCUUACCUUACACAUUUGUAACUUAAUACAGUGUUUUCAAUUUGUACAGAAUAGAUAGAAUAUUCUAUUAAAGUUGUGAAACAUGA